GACAGGGAGUUCGAACAGAUUUACUUCCUGAUGGAAACUAAACAAUUUUCAUCAACAUAUCAAUAUGGCGAACAACUGCACGUUGUUUUUGGACAAGCAGCACUAUUGUGUAGGUUACUAUACGAGUGAAGUUUGCUAUACCUCGAAUGUCUAUUUACUGAUCUUUAUGCUGAUGUUUCAGACGGUGAUCUAUGCCGUGAAACAAACCGUGUCUUCGUUGGAACUGAUUGGAAGGUAAUCUUUAUUAAAAUUUGAAUGAUAUUAUUCUCAUGAUGAUCUUGGGAGACUCUGUGAACGUCAAAUUGUACCUGAGCGCGCGAUUCGAAAGCAGUCGCGAACUUUGGAUGAGAUCGGAAGUUGGGUGAUUUCGAAAGGAUCAGCGUUUACUUCCUUUCAAAUUUGUUUCAGUUGUGCUCUUUAAGUCGUAAAAAUAUUCCGAACUUACGCAUCCAUCUACUUUUAUAAGUUAUGUCAAGAGUAGAAGAGUAAGAGAAGUACGAAAAUGUAAGAAGAGUACAUCGUUAAAACAUAAUCCGUGUUUGAGGCCUCCGUAGAAUCCGAGAUCUUCUAAACUCAGCUCACGAGGAUUGCUUCCCAUCAAUCGUUAUUAGUCAUAACUUUCACUUGAGCCGUUAACAUGGGAUAGUACGUCACGACCAGCAUAAUGAACGAAACACAAAUUUCCUGCAGUGAUUUGCAAUGCGCAAAGAUAUUUUCCACUGGCUCGGACUCAACUAUGAGUUUAUGCUUCAAUAAAGGCUUUCAUUAUGUUCUUUUUUCCAAAUUUCCAAAGACUUUUUCCGCCGGUGAAACAUUUUUAUCAACAAAAGUGACCUAUAUUCAUGUUGACUGCAUGCUACGUUUGGAUCAUACCCCCUAUUACUUUGGGUAGAAAAGGAAUUGCUCUUUUAAGCAGUAACAACAAGCAUGAAUUUAAAAUUCUUUAAUCACUGAGAAUUCAAGGUUUCUGUUCGGAUGUAUUCGUGGCAAUCCCUCUUUAUAUUUCUAUUUAUUCGUCUUUCCAAGGUAUUAAUUAAUUUUGGUUAUUUUGCAGCUUGUUCGUUAUUUUCAUCAUCUGGUUAUUUAAAACAUACAAGUAUUUCCACCAGGUAAAACAAUAUGUUGACAUAUUGACAGAUGUAUUGGUCAACAGUUGGUCAACAGACAGAUGGACUAUCCAUCUAGACUUGGUCAAUAUGUUGACUGACAGGCAUUUGAUGUGUGGCUUGUUGAUGUCUCAGUAAAGUGUUAUUAAUCUAUUGGUCAAGAGUUGGUCUAUUCUUGGGUACAGCACCUGACUAUACUCAUCAGACUUAAAUCUUAACUUCUCUCAGUGACUACCCUGCCCUGGACCUCCUCUUCCAUAACAAAAUUGACAUCAUCCAUGAUCUGUAACAAGACAACAUCAACCCUAUUUUUUUUAAAAACUGUCCCACAAAACCAUGCAGAUCCUUGCAAAUUUAGGUGUGAGAGAAGAUCAAGAUUAUGUGGACAAGAAAUUACAAGAAAACCAGUCACAGCAGUCAAAGAAAUUUGUAAACUUUCAUCUAUUUUCUAAUAAUGUUAUUCUAUUUUAUUCCAAAAUGGUUUGGCUAGCAGUGAAAUAUUAGUGAAGUAUCGACAUGUGUCAAUUGAGCUUUGACAGACAAUCAACCAAUAGGCAACUCAUACUCAGUGGAGUACCAUUGAAUUGUUGGUGAAGUGUAGGUGAAGUGCUUAGUGGAACAUUGAAAUUUAUCAAGCAUGAUGUUGAUUGACUCUUGACCCAUAUAUAUUAGCCAACUGUUGACUGAUUAUUGCAUACCUGUCAGCUGACUGUUGACCAACAAUCAACUGACAAUCAUGUGAUAUGUCAACUGCCAUAUCAACCACUACAAGUACUGCAUUUUUGACAGUUGCAUCAACCCAACACUACCUAAAGUACACAUGAUCAGAGAACUUUUAAAGAAUUAUCUAGAAUACUGAUAUACUUAAGAACUGCCUUGCAAAUUUUCUGAACAUGCAACCCUGUUCCCAGGGACAAGAAGAAACCCUGGAAAUAAGGUUGUUGAACACUAAACUUAUGCUUAUAAGAGCUUAUAAAUGUGCAAGAUUUUACACCUGCUAAAAUAUCAAAAUGCUCAUUGCUAUCAGCUCAAGGUCUCUGGCACCCCACUGUAUUUUAGUCAGAUUGGACUUUGUGCAACACAUACACUUGGAAUACCCCAAGUCACCCUAAAUUGUGACUUAGUCUUCUUCAUUAUAUAAUGAAUGAUAAUGAAAAAUAUUUUGGGUUACAUUUCAGCGAUUAAUUCUAGCACUCAGUGUUGCAGCUCUAUGUGGAAGUAUUUCAUUUAUGCUGGUAAGCAGUUAACCUAGUCUCAAUAAUUAGCAUACAUAAACUUGAUAUAUGGUGUACUGGCCUGUAAUAUGACCAAGUUAAGAGGGACUGAUCUUAAAAAAUAUAUAUCAUUAUAGCAUGGGGUCAUUUGGUAUGAACAAAUCAUAUGGUUUCUUGAAAAAAAUUCCUCAAAUUUUGUGCAUUAAAAAUUGAUAGCCUUAAAUAAUACCUUGAAUUUUUUUUUUGUACCAAGCUGCUCAAAAGCUGGCUCUAGGGUAUGACUCCACUUUGUGUAGUCGUUGCAACAUUUUUUCCCCUCAUCCAAUGAUGUGUUCUUUUGCAGUAGUUCUUCUCCAAAUUGUACUAAGUUCUCUUGGUCGCUUUUUGCCUCUGAUAUCCAGAUGUUACCUCACUUUUGGUGCGGAUAGUGGUUGGAUUACUUAUAUCUUUGAGUGAUGGUUCUGCCAGGCAGUUUUCUUUGUUAAUAUUUUGUUAGAUGGGAAGAUGGGACUUGUUUUCUCUUGGAGCCAGAAUUGAUUGCAUGGAAAGUUAAUAUUUUUGUGAAUUUCAUUCAUUCAUUAACAGACAGGUGUCCCACAGGAGAGAGGACCCUUGUGUGAAUUGCAAGCAUGGCUCAUUACAUAUUUUGGUAAAUGGAUUUGUGUUAAAUUUAUAAAUCAAAAGCAAUCAUUGAUAAGCAAUUCUCAUGUUACAAUGUUAUGUUAAUUUUACUGCUUUAAUUUUGGAACCCAUCAUAAGCUUAGAAUUGGCCUCAGUUUAUAACUCUGACAAUUAAAAGAACUGGAUGACUUGGUCAAAGGUAUUUGCAACCCAGUGUCAAAUUAGAUUGUUGCAUCAACUAAUUCAUCAGUAUGUUACAUUUUCAGUACUAGCGCUUCUGUUUUGGGUUUGCUGUAUUACUUUCAAUAUCUGGAGAGCUUUGAGGGGAGACAGAGCCAAACGCUUAGAAAAGUGAGUCAAACAAUUAUUUGUCUAUUUUCUGAAAUAAGUCUUAAGGUCCAAAUGGGAUUUCACUUAAUUUUUUUUUUUUUUGCCAACAAUAAUAUGUGAGUUUAAGUAUGACAUUGACAGCAUUUCUAUUCAGGUUGUAUCAUUUUGUGUCUUGGGGUGUACCAGUCAUCUUUGCCAGUGCUCCAUUCAGUGAAAAUGUUUACGGACCUGCUGGACCAUGGUGGUGAGUCUUUGGGGGAGUUGAGUACAUAGGAUGCUAUGCUUACAGAGUCUAAAGUGGAGUGUUGAUUUAUUAAUUUAGUUUAGGUGGUUUAUGCAACCUUAAACAUAAUCAAGGUACUGUUCUUGUGGGUACAGUACUUUUUGAUGUGUUAGCCAUCAUACCAGAUAAUCAUUGGAUAAUCACCUGGGUCAAAAAUUUUAUAAAAUCAUAGUAGCAUUUUGUUAAAAAUGGAGUUAACACAAGCUUUAAUAUGUGUAUAAAAUUUAUAUUUACUCAUGCACUCUACAGGAGGCCUAGGAUCAAGGUGGCUUUAAGUGGUUUAGAUAUUUUACAACUCCAAUAUUUUGAUAGAUCACAUAGUUUCUAUAAAUUUUUGUGUUUCCCUUCUUAGAUUUGGUUUAAAAUAACUGCUCAAUUAUUUCUCAAAAAAUUGUGACCAUUUUCUCUAACAAUUAAAUUUGCCAUAGCAACAGUAUAGCCUCUUAUAGAAACCCUUAGUUCUUGUAUCAUCUGCUUGUAACUUUAAAGCAAGGUUGCUGUAACCCCAUUUUAUCACCAAAUUGUUAAGAGCAUAUCAAGAUUUAUAUUUCUGUAAAGUUUUUUUUUAAAAAAAAUGGGACGCACAGCUCAGAAACACUGUAUUUUUUCAUGAGUUAAGGUGGCUCUGAGCAGUAUGUACUUCAAAACUUGGCAGAAAGAUGAGUACUGACACACUGAUUGCAAUUCAGUGAAUUUAAAACAGGGGUGACAGAAAUCAUUUUUGAGUUACUGGCUUUUAUUAACAAGGCCAAGUUGUUGCUAUGGAGAUCUAUUAUAACAUAAAAAUGAAUAAAACAUUUUGAAAGAUAAAUCAACAUUCUUUUGAUACCAUCUUAAAGGGAACACACAUGUUGGUAGCAUUGUUCCAUCAAAGAAUAGGUAUUUAAACUCAAGGAAACCAUUUGGAGCCUAUUAAAAUUUGGGGUUUUUUGUAAUCAAUCACAAGUCAAGGCUCUUAACACUUCCGUGAGUGUUAGUGUUCUCAUGUAUACUUAGAGGGCUACUGGGACAGCAUAAGCAAAAACAAUUUUACAUCAAUGGGACGAUUUAAUUCACAUGCUCUUAAAAUGCUUUCCAGGUGCUUUUUAGACGACAAACUAAACGUAUGGAACUUAAGGUGAAAUCAGUUUCGGUAACACAAGAAAAGCUUGUGUCGAUUUUGCCAUUACAUGCACCUGGGUAUCCGUAAUUGUGUCUAGUUUCCAGAAAAUGUAUAUUAUUGCAUUCAAUGACUAAUCAAAUGAACCGUUUUUUUUGUUUUUUGUUUGUUUUUUUUUUUGUAGCUGGGUAGCAGGCGAUGUUGAAAAAAGCGCCAUAUGGAGAUUUGCAACGUAAGAUUACACUCAUAUCCAAGACACUUCAGACAGUCACCUUUUUCAUGAAUAUACUAAUGACUUCGCCUGAAAAACAUCUAGUCGAGAUUGUUGGAUAAACAAAAUUAUCAUUUCAUCAACACUAAUCUUACCAGGCAGAUAAUCAACUAAUAAUUUAUUUAUCCACAAAAGAUUGUCGUUGGCCCUCCCCUCCCCCCUUCCCUCUUGACUGACAGUGGAACCUGUUCAUUGAACGAGGAUCAGACUUACCAUAACAAGAUAUGAGAUAUCUUUUACCUUCUACAGAUGCAAGCUAAUUUACGUUGCCACUGACUCUUUCUCUCCAUUUUUUAUCAGGUACUACAUUCCUUUGUUUAUUUGCAUCAUUGGACUCUUCGUUGCCUAUAUUUACAUAUUUGUUACUCACCGGCGACAGGUUAGCAUGUGAUUAUCGGUGUUUAUGUUUUAAGAUAAGUAACUAAGUGCUGUGUAGUUCGACGCGUCCGAAGUGCAUCGAUAGAUCUUUGAUCGCCAAAGGGCUGGUAUUUUUGAGUGAAGUGGCCGUGCCAUGAACUUAGUUCUUUAGUCACUCCCUCAGUUUUAACAGACAAGCCCCCCGUCUAGUUCUGCGUGUGACCAUUCAUUUUACCUUCCAAAGCCAAAAAAAUGUACCAAAUGUUUCUUAAGUGUAAAUAAAAGGUUCACUUUUCCUGUUCAGAAAGUAGUAAAGAUGAAAAGAUUGCAGUAGAAUUGUCGACCAAGGAUGACAAAAUGUAAGCUGGCAAACGGAUGAGCUGGACUAAGAGAAGCGAUUCUCUGUUAAUGAGGCAGAUCAGCCGAGACUGGAAAUAGUCCAGAAAUUAGGAAUGUACGUUACAUUAAAUGAACAUGUAUGAGUUAUCGUUGUAGGAAAGUUGGGAAAUUUCAAGUUGUAGGUUGUAACAAUCACCAAUUGAUUAGCAUUCAAAUAUCAAUGCCUCUAUUGAAUCGGUCAAUGAUAAAAUUUCCUUGUAAGGUCUAUCUCGAAAGCAUACUUUUGCUCAUUGAAGUGAGAUGAACCUACGAUUUUAGGUCCAACGCUGGGAAGGAAUUCACAGAAUGAAUAAUGCGGCAGACGUUGAACAAAGAAGGGUGAGUAAGUAAUCCCUCUGUGUCUUUGCGGACUGGUGAUGAGACUCCAUUCUCCAAGUUGCAGACCGUAUUUUCUAGUCUUGUCACGUAUCGCUCCUCCACGUGACAUCGCGAACAGCGGACGGUCACGAAGCCUUCCGCUAAGUGGACUGUACGCUCCUGUUGCGAUGCGUAUCUAGGCAAAUGCCCACCUACCCCUCCCCUAACCCAACAACAGUCAAUUGAUAACAAGUUAGGGUUAAUGUUGGGUUAGGUGAGGGGCAAGUAGGCAGUUGCCCAGAUACUGAUCUUGAUCCUAUUGUUGUUUUUGAUUUGUAGAGCUGUUUAACACGCAAAAAUGCUACGUUCACGUUUCAGGUACUGAUGAACCACAUUAAUUCAUUGAUGGCCUACCCAUUCAUUUAUCUUGUGCUGUCGUUGGCUCCUUUCAUACACAGGUAACUUAUCACACGAGCUAAACCUAAAAAGCAUCAUCAACCGCGAACAGGAUGAAGCAGUGCUGUAAAACAAGCAGUGUAGGAUGUUUACCCAUGCAUUAAAAAACUUUAUCGCUGAUGGAGAUCAUUAUUAACUUAGUAUCGUCCGACCUCUCUCUGCUGUAGCAUUCUCGAACCCCUGAUCCCACACGCUCUGGUCACAAUAGCUUCAAUUGGACCUAUUUUUGACAUAAUUAUUAUUGUGAGUCAGAGCGGUCCACUCCGUUCACAAAAUAUGUGAGCCUGUACGACAGGCGUGGUGAUCCCAAUGAGCAUGUACUAAAUAAAUUGAUGUCAAAAAUGACCUAGUUGCGACAUCAUGAGAUUUGGCGAAAAAACUUUGGACACUUUGGAGCCCCUCAAGAUGGUUAUUGCCCUUUAGUAACUUUCCACGAGAGCCUCGUUCUUAAGUUAAUUGGUUUAUACUGACAAGUAUAAAUUCUGUAUUUGGGCUUUUUUUUUAUGUUCUACGGGAUAUGUCGAGUGGCCAAGUGUUUUCUCAUAGACUUUAGGGUAAUAAAUUUGACAGAUUCAAUUAAUUGUACGUACUUUCAUCCUCAUACGAUUUGACAUUAAGGCCCGUUUAAACGGUUUCAACAUUUGCUUCAACUUGCAUUCAACACUUUGUUGAACCAAAUGUUCGGUGCGUUUGAACAGGUCGUUCAACGUUAUUGAAAACGUAAAAAAUGUUGAAAGCUUGUUGAAAGCGUGUUGAAUCAAGUUUAAAUCGGUUUAAAUCGAUGUUCUCUCUUUGAUCCAAGCAUUAUUUGAUAGUUCAGGCGCUUUUAAAUCUUGGAAAGUAGGUCAAUGCGGUUAAUUCUGUGACUGAAAUGAGAAGUUCAUUGUCAUGCUUUUGCAGAGUUUACAACGCAGUUUAUUCAGACCCAAGCUUUGUUCUGAUUCUCCUCCAUGUUAUCUCCAUACCUUUAACAGGUAAGUAAACCUCUUUGGUCUUCGAUCCUUAAUACUACGGCAAAGACAGUAGCCAAGGUAGGGCUGUGAAGUUUGACUUACAAAUAAAAUUAUCUCUGUUUAGGAUUGAUUAAUGCUAUUGCAUUUGGAGUGAACAAGGAAACCCUCAACAGACUGAACUGGGCUGAUAUGAAGGUUAGGGAAUAAGAUUAGAAACUCAGUGAAAUGUGAAAUCAGGUUUACAUCCAUCAAAUGACUGACCAGGUUGUACAAAAGAGUGAAGGAGUGAAAAAAGGUCUUUAGAUGACGGUUCUUGGACAGGGCUCAUUCGUAACCAUAGUAUCACCCUCUUCUCCUGUUGAGGCCUUCUGUGGAAUUGGCUUGCAAGAAUAUGAAGCUUUAAACCAAUUUAACAUCGAAUAAUUAUUUUUGUAGGUGGCGUUUCAGCAGCAUUUUCCAUCGUGGAACCAAGGAAUGGACAGGUCCAUGGGAGAACAUCAGCUCGGAGAACCGACUCAGUGCACAGAAUUCCCGGGUCGCUCAAAUACAAGAUCUAAUACUAUUAAAUGAGUACUUUUCCUGAACGACCCCAGCUGGGAGACUUAAAUUUUCUCUUGCAUAGGCUAUCAAUGUCAAUAAGCAAAUAUCAAUAUUAGCGAACCAAACUAGCAGUUACAGUGGCGGAUAUGGGGGAGGGGCUUGGGGGGCCCGCCCCCUCCCUCCCCCCAAUUUUGGGCUGUCCGGUGGGACAAGCGACAAAAAACCGACCCUCCCCCCCUUAGCCCAAGGUCUGGAUCCGCCACUGAGUUAUAUAAGAAGUUCCUUCUGAGUUGAUUGUAAUUUUAUAUUUGACAGACAUAGUAUCCCCUUUGUUCUUUUACCCUAUGAUGAUAGCUCCUAAUGAAGAACAGUCGUUCGUUUCACGAUGUAGUUACUUCAGACUGGUGUGAAUCACGACGUUUCGAUUUCAAGUCGUCUGAAGGCUGUAAGGGCGACUGGAAUGUCGUCACUUAAUGAAUUUUUAUGCUCAACUGUGAUUUGCUGGUAUUUGACAGCGUUGAUGGACACAUUUUCAUUACAGCUGUAUUCACCGAAAGGAAUGACCAUUUUAAGUGGUAAUAUAAGUUAUAAGGCCGUUCCUAACUUUAAGUCGAAGAAAUGGACUGAGAAACUGACAAGGUUUCAUAACUGAAUAUCGCCUAUUGUCAGAUUUUUCAUCGUCUGACUGAUCUCGCUAGGUUUAAAUAACGUUAUGAACUACUAAAAUCGUAAGUGUUUAGGAACUACUAAAAUUAGAGAUGUUUUGAAAUCCUUAUGCGAAUCUUGUGAGCCUUGUUUUGCUAUGUGCUCCAGGACCUCACUUUUAGUUUUACCUCUUGAGUGAUGUGUCCUUGACCGUUGUGAUAGGACUUCAUUCUUGUUCGAUAAU